CCUGAUGAGCAGGGGCAGAUCCACAAGGGGAAGGGGCUCAAGCCCUCCUACCGGCUAAUACGUCGUUUAAAGAAAGAGAUGGAAGAGGAGAAGAAGGAGAAAAAGAAGGAAGAAAAAGAUGAAGAGGAGGUAAGAGGAAAAGGAGAAAGAAGAGGAUAAUCCUACAUUUCGCCCAUGCGUCAGCCAUUGCUAACGGGAAGCCGACAACGCUGCAACAUCUUGACAAAAUUCACUUGAAAUAUAUAAUUAAUCUAGCACAAAAGUACAGAGGCAAAACAAAUCGAUGCAUGAAUGCAACGAUCGAGCAAAACACCUGGGCCAAAAGAAGUUACCAAGAUGUGUGCAGCAACCGACGAAAAUUGCAUCGCAAAACGUUGGAAGAAGAUGCUUUCCAAUGGUGAUUCAUGAUGGGCUCAUAGCAGAGGGUGUAUCCACCAUAUUCCACAAGCCUCCCCAAUGCCGGCCCAAGAAGAAGAAGAAAAAGAAGACGGCAACAGGAUGGUCACGUCAACCUCGGCCGAAAUAGAAUACUGCGCGCCAUGGCAUGAGUGGGCACGAACGCCGCAGCCACUAACGUGCAUGCGUGCCAUCCACCACUCCACUCCUGAUCCUCAGUGUCAAAACCCCGAUCCCCAUUACGUACGCCGGCAUGGCGAGAGACACCAUGCACGAGGUGUCGCAAGGAGAGGCGUCCCGGUGGCAACAACGCCCGGAGGAGCCGGAGGUGCGGGACGUGGCCGUCGACCCCUUCUCGCUGCGGCAGUUCUCCCAGCUCGACAUCGACAAACCGCUGCCCAUCCCCUCCGUCGCCGUGGCGGACCGCCGCCUGUCUCCGGCUCGGUUCGGCAGCGGAAGCGUGUCCGUGCCGAGCCCCGCGGCGUCGUCCCCGCGCGUGUCAAACGCUGGCCGGCUUAAGGCUCCGGCCGCGGCCACCGGAUGGUACGACGCGCCGGCCGCGCACUGGGCGCCGACGGUCCAGGCGCCCUCCACGAAGCUGCCAAGGAGCAAGUCCUCCGCCAGCGGGGAGAUGGCGCGCGCGGACGGCGAGCUCGACGAUGUCUUCUUGUCGUCGGAAAGGAAGGCGAGCGAGCCGCAGCGCUGGGGCAGCGACGUGCCGCUCAUCGCCAGCGCGGGCGCUGGCGCCGAGGAGGAGGACUCCACCGGCUACGCCAUCGGAGAAGCGCGCGGCAAGAAUGGCCGGGGAAAGGGGAAGCACGGCGGGGAAGCACCGUUCACGUGCUGUAUGUACCUCCCGGGGAUCACCAGGAGGAGCAAACCGCCAGCCACGGCGGUGGCGGCGGCGCGUUCGUCAUCUGGCGUGUUUGGCAAAGCUUUCGAGGAAGAGUACCCCGACCCAGGCACAGCGCGGCCGAGCACCAUGUCGCUGGCCGUGUCACUCGAGCGGUUCGACUGCGGCAGCAUGUCGACGUCGUCCUGGAGAGGCCUGGCCCUCGACGGCGAGGCCUCCUCAUCGUCUUACUUCGACCUGCCACUGGAGCUCAUCCUGGGCUGCGACGACGACGAGUCCGACCUACCAGUGUGCGCCGCGUUCGUGUUCGACAGCGACGGCAUCCGGAAGAGUGUCCUCAAGAAGAGGCUGGAGCCUGGCUCGGGCGCGGCGCCGCGGCCGUCGUUGAGGAUCUCGGCUAGUCAGGUCCGGUUCUCCUUGACGUCGAGCUCUGCUCCGGCACCCACGUCGUUGUAGACGUCCUUGCCUUCGACGCCGAGUCUCUCGGACUAACGCUGAGGCUUUGGAGGGCCAGAGAGGACUUCAGGCUGUAUACAUGUGCACUACCGUAAGUCUGCUCAAUGGCUGCAUCGGCAACACCUCAUUCGAUGUUUAUCACAGCGACGCAACAAUCUAAAUCUCGAGCAAAUUGCAAGCUCAGCCUAGUUCCCUGAUUGAGUCAAACUCUGUAAUCCAUCGACCCCAUCUUCAGUUUUCAUCACAGUUGAUUUUAUUGUUCCAUUCCA